AUGGCGCUGAAGUUCCACUGGGUCAGUGUGCCACUGGCGAUGGUCAUCGCCACGGCCUACCUGUACUAUGUCACGCAGUACAAGCCAUCACAGAAGAAGGCGAAGCUUCUGCAGGCCGUCGACAUGAAGGUCACCCACAAGCCAGAGGAGUGCUUCCUGCAAGCAGGCGAUGGGGACUUGGUCCACGUCCACUACACCAGCUUCUUGAAGAAGGAGGGGACGCAGUUUGAGACCACGAGGGGCGGCGACCCGUAUGUUUUGAAGCUGGGCAAGUGCAAAGACCACGCGAAGCCCGAGUGCAUGAAAGGCUUUCAGACCGCCCUGCUUGGCAUGUGCGCGGGGGAGAAGCGGAAAGCUACCGUCCCGCCCAAGCUCGGAUUCGACAAGAAGGGGCGCCCGUCGGGAAUUCGAGCCGAUGAGCAUGUGAUCUUCCACCUGGAAAUGGUGGACAUCGACAAAGCCUAG